CUCUUCGGUCACUACACGGAUGCCCGUGCCCGCAGUGUCGCCAGGGUCCCCAGAAAGGCUCGUGUCGCCCGCGCUGGUCGCCGAGCAGCCGGGGAAGAAUCUGUGGGAGCAGAUCUGCGAGGAGUAUGAAGCCGAGCUGCCUACCCUUCCAGAAGGAUAUAAAGUGAAACAGGAAGCUGCUGUCACAGUGAGCUCGGUCUCGCCGUUGGAUGAGCUGGUUCCUCAUGGCUUCAACAUGGAGCACUACCUCCCGGUGCACCCAUUCCCAGUGAUGCCUCCUGUGCCUUGUCCUCCCAGGAAGACAGAAACAGUAGAGCCCAAGACCUGUUCCCCCAAAGAUUAUCUGGAAAUGUUCAUCUUUCCAGUUCUGCUCCCUGGAAUGGCCAGCCUGCUUCACCAAGCAAAGAGAGAAAAGUGUUUUGAGAGGAAGAGAACCAAAUUCAUUGCCUGCGAUUUCCUGACUGAGUGGCUAUACAAUCAGAAUCCGAAGAGGGCAGGGGAGCCAUUCACAGAAUUCUUCUCCAUUCCCUUCGUGGAGGAAUGGCUCAAGGCCCACCCUCGGCCACCAAUCCCCCUCUCGCUCCUACUGACAGAAGAAGAAGCAGUGAUCAGGAUCCAGUCCUUCUGGAGAGCCUAUCUGGUUCGCUGCGACCCUGAGAUCCAGGAGCUGCGGCAGUGGCAGAAGAAGUUGCGUGAGGACAAGCACAUCCGCCAGCGUGUGAAGAUCUUCUGGGCCAAGCAAGAGCAGAAAUGUGAGUGGUGGGCUUCACACCCCACGUUUAUUCCAGAAAAGGCUGAUCCUUCACUUGAACUCUAGAGGGAAACUCUCUUGGAGGCCUGCAGACUCUGUGUGUGUGUGUCCUGUUCGGCUGCUACAGAAUCCACAGGAUAUAAUUUACACGGCUAUUCCACUCCCUCGAGGACAACUUCUGUGUCAUCUAGCAUCCGAGGGCUUUUAUUUUCUAUCUAUGAGGCUCCAAGAACAGGCUGUGAUUUGGGGAGCCAUGUUAUUGGCAGGGUGCACAGGUAAUCACCAUCCCCAACUCCUGCUGUCUGUCUCACCAUCAGUGGGUUUAUUUCCAUCUUUAUUUGCACACAGGGCAAUCCCGUGUGUCAGUCUGUCUGGGUCAGGGGAUGCUCAGGUGGUUGGUGAGUGCUAUUUCUGGGUAGAUGGCUUUGAGGGUGUUUCUAGAAAUCGGAUGUGGAUUUG